AUGCCGCAUUCGCUUCCGCCACUCCGUAUCAUUCUUGUUCGGCACGGUCAGACGGACCACAACAAGGCCGGCAUCAUUCAGGGCCAGACCGACAUUCCUCUGAACGACGAGGGUAGAAGACAGGCCCGGGACUGCGGCAAGAAGAUCAGAGAGGUGUUGGCCGGUUUCGGGGAUUCCGUUGGAGCCGACUUGGACUUUUCCGACUCGGUUGGGGAUACUGACAGGAACAGUAACUCGAACAGAUUGUCAACCCCUACCGCCGCCCCCACUACCGACUGGAAUCCCAAAAACCCAUUCAACGGCCCCAUCUCGGCGGUGUACACGUCGGACCUCAAGCGGUGCGUCGAAACCACCGACAUUCUGCUGGCGACCGCCGGUAUCGACACAAAGGCGGCGCGGACCCCGCUACUCCGAGAACGGUACAUGGGAGAGCUGGAAAACAAGCCCGCCGUGGAGGGCCGACAGCGGUGCCGAGACGAAAACCGCCAUUGGGACUCGUUUGGUGAGUCUAACACACACAUGGUCGAGCGGCUCAGCAAGCAGUGGGACACCAUUGUGUCGCGGGGACUCGAGGAGCGGCAGGGGACCGUGCUGGUGGUGACGCAUGGCGGCUGCAUCACACGGUUCACGAACUAUCUGGUGAACGAGCUGCAGCCCGAGCCGUUUGCGCUCAGCUCGCUAAUUUCGGUUGACUCACUGCGGUCUCCCCAGAAUACCUCCUUCACCGUGUUUGACAUCGACAGAAACACGUUUCAGGGCACGUUACAGGUGUUUGCCGAUAUCGCCCACCUGGAUGGGGUUGAGAAGCGCGUCUCCAACCCCGAUGAGUAUGUUCCCGGAAGGUGGUAG